GUGAGAAUUUAAAUAUAAUUAUCAAGUAAUUAGUCCUUUCCGUAAGAUAAGCGGUCUUCUUUAAUAUCCUUGAAUAUGAUAGUUCAGUGGUUAGAAAUUUUUAAAAAGUCCCACGUUGUUGGGCGUCAAUUAGUAAACAUGUCGUUUUUUACUUUCACAGCGAUAGCUUUAUUCUUUAUUGCUUAAUGAAUUCUAGCAUUCCACUCCAACCUGACCUGACCUUGUUUUGCUCCACGGAGAAACGGUUCUUUUUUGUUCUUUCGAGCUGCAGACCUUGGCAGGAAAACAGAGCUAUGCGGGAGUUGUUGUUUAUUGGUAUGCUAGCCAGUCAGCGAACGCCACUCACAUACCGCACAUAUUGAGCAAGAAUAGGUUUAGCUCAGAUUAUAGCAUUCACCUUUGUGUCAGAUUUUAUUAACCCUCGUGUUUGACAACAGGUGUACCUUAACUUAUAUAUAAGUUUUUAUUUGCAGGCCAUUAAAAGUUUUGAUAACAUGAUAAAAGACCAAGCGGUCGCACAUAUUCACGUAUGUAAUUAUGUGAGCAUGUAAAGGAGCGUUCAAGUAUUACGUAACGCAAUUUGGGGGGGAGGGGGGUCUCGUAAAACGUUACGAUGCGUUACAGGGCCGGGAGAGGGUCUUUCUUACAACACGUUUCGUAACAUUGUUUCUUUUGUUAAAUAAUUAAAACUCACAAGAUGGCAACCCUUCUCGUUUAUGUUUUACGGGGAAUCCUCCGAUUAUAUUAGUCUGGUCGUCAUUUUUGUUCUCGCAAGUUGACAAACCUUUUCGUUUAUAUUUCAUGGGGAAUCCCUAGAUUUUUUUUUGUCAGUAUACGUUAGUGUUAAUGCAGAAGCUCUUUGCUGUAGCCGGUGUUAUUAAAGUGAAUUCAUAGUGUUCGAAUACUGUAAUGUCUUCAAAAGAGGGAGUUUUUUAUCAUCAGUGUUCUUGGCCAAUAAAGGCUCUCAUGCUAACUUUCCAGCGAAACUGUGUCAAAAAAAUGUCAACGAUAUUUGGAAAAUGGCUAAAGAAAAACUAGAAAAUAAAGAAAAGUUUAUAGAACAUAUAAAUGAUGUUAUACGGCAGUUGAAGGUGAAGGCCACGAAGAAGAAAGCAACAAUGCUUAGUUAUUUUACACAGCUACCUAUGAAAACAUCAAGCAUGCCAACACCACGCCCAGGCACGCUAAGGCCCAAUGUUCCCUCGACUUUAAUUGCUCUUCAACAAAAAAAGGAUUCGGAUGUUGUAGCUUCAUCCACGUAUUCAUCUCAUAUGGAAUCGAUUGUCGAAGUCACUGGGCAUAAAAGCACUGCCGUUAAACGAAAGAUGAGCGAUACCCACGAUGAACAAAGUCAAAAUACUGAUGAGGAAAUUGUGCAGACACCUUCUACGGAACCAUACACGACUUUGAUUGAUUCGGGCUUCACUAAAAAUGUUACAAGCAAGCCGGCUCAAGAUACUCUUAUGAAAAAAAUUAGUCUUCUGCAACAGAGAAUAAAUGUUCUUGCUGAAGCAAGGGACACUGGAAUAGCCAAAGAUGAUGUUCACGAUGAAAUAAAAAAGCUACGCAAAGAGUUGAAAGAAGAAGAAAAAUGUUUAAAGAAAAAAAGAGACUCUGCUAAGCGUGCAAAAAAAUUUCGAGCCAAAGGAAAACUGGAGAAAACUGAACGUCAGAGAAACAAUCCUCCUGCAGCACAACCUCGAACUGGCUCUGGACAGCCCCCUUUAGUUGACUCGCAACCUGCUCUCCUAGAGCUAGAGACCAUAAUUAAUAUUGCCAUUCAUGGCAGCGCUGCUGAUGAACAGAGAUGAUUAGGAGUUGUCUCACUCUGUCCGACCUGCAUGAGAGGCUGUUGUUAAUGGGAUUAAAAAUUUCUCGAAACGGCACAUAUCUUCAUUUACUCCCACGCGCUUCUAACACUCAAGAGGAAGAAGGCACGUACGUACCGUACCCGUAAAGUUAGCAAGACCACAGACCGAGAUGCACAAAAAGCACGAGGACGGGGAAUUUUUCACUGCUGCAAUCAGGUCAUUGGAAUCUCUCGCGGCGCUUCUGGGACGGCAGCAAGUAUUCGUUCUCUCACAAGACGAUAAGGCACGUGUACCAAUAGGUUUACCGGUAGUGCAAAGUCAGAGCCCUCCUUUAUUGCAUAUGGAAUACAGAAUACUUUUACCUGAUCAUGACUGGGCAGAGCGGCACAAACUUAUUCCUUCUGUAUAUGCCGCCGUCAAAGUGGAACCUAACAAUUUCGUUAAGGAAGAAGCUGUUGGGUACAGCGGGCCGACAUACAUAUCCAUAAGAAGCGGGAAACAUGCAUCCUCCACAGCGAACACCCAUGCUUAUGAUUUCGAUUCACUUUUAUCAAAACCUUCAUUCAAACCCUUAAUGAUGACAGAAUCGAACACCGUGAAGCCAGUGAUCAUCAUCUUUGUAGAUGGUGGGCCGGACGAAAACCCGCGUUAUCGCAAAGCCAAAAACAUGAACGUUCUCAUCUCGACAACAAAGGAAUCGCUACGGAUGUUGAUUUGGAAAAACGCAAUUUUCAGCACGCUGGAAAAACACUUGCCGAAGUGUGGAGAGAAAUAAAAAUUUAUAAUUACGACGUUUCGGCGGAGUAUAGACAGCCCGAAGAUAGCAUGCAGAACCAAAUCUGGCGUGGUAUAGCGUUCACGUCCGUGAAUCGCAAUAUUUCUUACAGGUUAUAAAAUGCGCGGAUGAAUCCUGCUGUUCGCCAUCGAGAAGUGCAUUGAAGUCUGUGUUUGCGGAUACUUUCAUGCCGCCACAUUGCCCAAUACUUCAAACCCCAAGCAAGCUUGUAGUACCCAGUUUGCUAGACAAAGGAACAUCCAAGUUUUCACCACUUCUUGUGAGGUUGUCCCUUGAUCUGUCACAUUCUAGAAGGGUUUAAGCAGAUGCCUUACGACAUCUUUUUGUCUAUCUGUACAAUCCGACCUAAAGAAAAAAGUAUGUCCAACCUGUGGGAUCUAUUUCACAUCUAACACGAGUGUUCAAAUGCACUGUCGUUACGUGAAUGGCAAGACUGUCCAAGACAAUUGUGAAACUAGAGGGGUAUGUCUAAAAUCUUCAAAAAUUGCGUUACGUAAUACUUGAACGCUCCCUAAACAACAAGAACCAUACGCAUAAUGUUUGUAAAUUGGUCACAACAUUGUAUUGUUGGUAGAAAAUCCGAACUGUGCCGAAAAACACAAACGAAUGAACGCCGCAUGUCACCGUUUUUCUUGUGACUGUAACAGCUUCGUCUGCAAAAAAUCAUAAGCAUGUAUGUUCAUGUAUGAACUUGCGUACAUAUCGACACAGAUUUUUGUGAGCCGCGGAAAAAUAUUUUAGAUUUGUAAAAUAUUUUAAAUCGACAAGAGCUAUGUUGUCACUUUUGUCACUUAUUUGAGUGCUUUGUGGGUUUGCACGAGUUAAUGAACGUAUUCCCUAUUAUAGUAACAAACAUCAAAACAACCUUGAGUUUGAAUACCACAACAACCUUAUCUUAAAGCAAACCAAAUGUAUCUAAGCAAACAAUUCAUAUGUAUGUAAACAAACCUAAACAAAUUAUAUAAUAUAUUCCUAAACAAAAUAUCAACUAGUAAUAAGUAAACAUACUAGUUAGUAUAGACAGAAAUAAUAGAAGUAAGAACCCUGUAAUAAGUUAGUCUUAAGACUAUUAAUAAAGAGUACACAUUUCGGUGCAGCUGAAGAAAAUAUUA